AUGUGUGGUAUUUGCUGUGUACUGAGCUUGUCCCCCUCCCAGCUUGUGCUCGAGAAGUGUGUGCAUGAAAACCUAAGGAAAAGAGGGCCUAACUCCAGUUGCAACAUCACCAAAACAGCUUCAAAUCCCCACUACCAGUGUCUGUUCUCUGCUCACGUACUUCACAUGAGAGGUUGCCCUGCCCCUCAGCCAGCACAAGACCGUAACAGCAAUGUAUUGAUGUGGAAUGGAGAGGUUUUUGGAGGACUGUUAUUGAGACCAGAAGAGAAUGACACUGACGUUCUUUCCCACCACCUCGCAGCCUGCCACAGCCCUACAGAGAUCCUGUCUGUCCUGGGCAAUGUCCGAGGACCCUGGGCUUUCACUUAUUACCAACAGGCUGGACACUAUCUUUGGUUUGGGAGAGACUUCUUUGGCCGGCGAAGCCUGCUUUGGCAAUAUGAUGCUGAGGAGAAGUCUUUGACUCUGACGUCUGUGGCCGCCUGUCUCCCUGGCUCUGACCGACCACCACAGUGGCAAGAGGUUCCAGCAGUUGGUGUUUACAGGAUUGAUCUGAGGGCAUUUGCAGAGUCUGGCUGUUUGACCUUUGAGGUUUAUCCAUGGGUUCAUGCAGGUGAUAAUCUAUCGUCUGUUUGUCAUGAAUCUAAGUGGGAGGGUCUACCAAGUUACACCUCAGCAAUGAUGAACAAUUCAGGUCUCUCCCUCAUGUCUCCAGUUUGCCCACUGAACAUGUCAAUCCCUCAGUUGUUGGAGAUAGAACAUGAUCCAAGCUUACAGUCCUCAGUUGAAGACCUGGAGGUGUUGCUGAAGUCUGGUGUGAGAGAGCCUGUGGUAAAUCGUCUCAUUGAUGUUCUCAGUGAGGCAGUACGGAGGCGUGUGCAAUGUCUUCCCUUUGAUACACAGGUGACAUCACCACUGACCAAUGACCAGGCAGCAAUUGCAAUUCUUUUCUCAGGAGGGAUUGAUUCCAUGGUUCUGGCUGCCCUGGCCGACCGCCACAUCCCAACCCACCAACCAAUCGAUCUUCUGAAUGUGGCAUUCAAACUGCAGGAACCAAAAAUUGUGAAGGGGUCUACCAAAAAAAGCAAAAAGCACAAAACGAAGCCAAUGGAUUCUAAAACUGACGUUCCUGAUUCCAAUGUGUACAACCCCUUCAGCGUUCCAGACAGGAUCACUGGUAGAGCAGGUCUGCAAGAGCUUCAGGACUUGAACCCAGAGAGAAGAUGGAAUUUUGUUGAAAUCAACAUUUCUCUGGAAGAGCUGCAGAAAAUGCGCCAGGAGCACAUCUGUCACCUGGUGCACCCAUUGGAUACCGUGCUGGAUGACAGCAUUGGAUGUGCUGUGUGGUUUGCGGCGAGAGGAACCGGCUUCCUCACAGAAAGCAACGAAGAGAGGGGGUUCACAUCAUCUGCCAAGGUGAUUUUGACCGGUAUUGGAGCGGAUGAGCAGCUGGCAGGGUACUCCAGACACCGAGUCCGCUUCAAGACCUCUGGGCAAGAGGGUCUGGUCCAAGAGCUGGCCAUGGAACUAGGCAGAAUCUCCACCAGGAAUCUGGGUCGAGAUGACAGAAUCAUAGGGGACCACGGGAAGGAGGCUAGGUUUCCCUAUUUGGAUGAGGAUGUGGUGUGUUUCCUGAAUGCCCUGCCAGUGUCUGAUAAGGCAGAUCUGUCUCUGCCUCGAGGUGUAGGGGAGAAACUGCUGCUGAGGUUGGCUGCCAAGAAACUGGGUCUGGGGGCGUCUGCUCUACUGCCUAAGAGAGCCAUGCAGUUUGGUUCCCGCAUUGCAAAGAUGGAAAACAGCCACGAGAAGGCCUCAGACAAGUGCAAGAGACUCCUUACAUCUUAGAUCAGCAUAACAUUUCAUCUAUUUUUUUUACACUAUUGACAUAAAGCAACUAAGUCAUCCUCUUUAUUAGGGUCACAGUGAACUACAAUAUGAACAGAUGUGUUAAUUUCCAAUAAAUAUACAAAUUUUGAUUGUAAUAUCA